AUGUGUGCAGAAACUGUCUCCAAGCCAGAGCAUGGCCAUGCCGAGAUCCUGCCCAAGAGCAAUGCCCACGACGCCGCCGAGCAGGGCCAGGUCGCCACAGACGCAUAUGGCAACUCGCUGGUGCAGUUCGACCCCGUGGCCGAGCGCCGCCUGCGCACCAAGAUCGACUGGUACAUCGUGCCCACCGUCUCGCUGCUGUACCUCUUCUGCUUCAUCGACCGCGCCAACAUCGGAAACGCGCGCCUCGCCGGCCUGGAGAAAGACCUGCACAUGACCGGCUACGACUACAAUGCCGUGCUCAGCGUCUUCUACGUCUCCUACAUCCUCUUCGAGAUCCCCUCCAACAUGCUGUGCAAGUGGAUCGGCCCCGGCUGGUAUCUGCCCGCCAUCAGUCUCGGCUUCGGCAUCUGCUCCGUCGGCACCGCCUUCGUGCAGAACAAGGCCGCCGUGAGCGGCGUGCGCUUCCUGCUCGGCGUCUUCGAGGCCGGCAUGUUCCCCGGCAUCGCCUACUACAUGUCGCGCUGGUACCGCCGCAGCGAGCUGGCCUUCCGCCUCUCGCUCUACAUCGCCAUGGCCCCGCUGGCCGGCGCCUUCGGCGGCCUGCUGGCCUCCGGCAUCCUCAAGCUCGCCCACUUCGGCGGCCUGCGCCAGUGGCGCAUGAUCUUCGCCAUCGAGGGCAUCGUCACCAUCGGCCUCUCGCUCAUCGGCUUCGUCACCUGGACCGACCGUCCCGAGACCGCCUGCUGGCUGUCGCCCGAGGAGAAGGACCUCGCCGUCGCCCGCAUCAAGUCCGAGCGCGUCGGCACCACCGAGGUGCUCGACAAGCUCGACAGGUCCAAGAUGACCAAGGGCCUCUUCAGCCCCAUCACCCUCGCCACCUCCUUCAUCUUCCUGCUCGACAACAUCACCGUGCAGGGCAUGGCCUUCUUCCUGCCCACCAUCAUCCGCGCCAUCUACCCGCGCUACUCCGUCGUGCAGCAGCAGCUGCAGACCGUCCCGCCCUACAUCGUCGGCACCUACUUCACCGUCUUCAUCCCGUUCCUCAGCUGGCGCUUCGACCGCCGCAACGUCUUCAUGAUCUUCUCCGCCCCGCUCAUGAUGAUCGGCUACACCAUGUUCCUCGCCUCGCAGAACUCGCGCGUGCGCUACGGCGCCACCUUUCUCAUCACCAGCGGCGCCUUCUCCUUCGGCGCCCUGUGCAACGCCCAGGUCUCCGCCAACGUCGUCUCCGACACCGCCCGCUCCGCCGCCAUCGGCAUGAACGUCAUGAUCGGGAACAUCGGCGGGCUCAUCUCCACCUGGGCCUUCCUGCCCCACGACUCCCCUCAUUUCCCCAUCGGCAACGGCCUCAACCUGGCCGCCAGCAGCUGCAUCUUUCUCACCGCCAUAUUGCUCCAGGUCUGGGUUAAAAUGGACAAUCGCAAGAGAGAUGGGAAGGACAUCGACACUGAGCUGGCUGGCCUGGACCAGAAGGCUAUUCAGAACCUUGAUUGGAAGCAUCCAGCGUUUAGAUGGAGGUUAUAA